UGUCAAGCUUUAGGUAUUUUUUUAUUUGACAUGUUUUGAAGUGUCCAUUUUUGCAUUAAUUUCACUACAGUCAAACAUGAACACAGAGAAAGACAUUUUAGUGGGACUAUACUAUACCAAGUGACAUAAAAGUCAUGUUUUCAAGAAAUUAAAUUUUGUAUCAUUCUGAUAAAGCUACGACUUUUAAAAAAUCAAAACAUAAAAUUUAUCAGUCAAAACUGACAAACAAGCUAACUUAAUUUUACAUACAUUGAAGAUAUUCUGUCCAUAUCAUACAUUUUUCAUUGGGAGCAUAAAAAAGUCACCUAUUGGAAAUGCAAAAAUCUUGAUAUAUAUCAAGUGGCAUGCAGCAAAGCCAGUAAUUGUAUCUAUAGAAAUGGCAGAAUUAUUUUUCUGUCUGUAUUCGGAUAAAAAAAGAAAAAAGUGGGCGGGACAUAAACCGUUUGUCUAAACGACAUAAAAAGCUCAUCUUAUGUGCCAUAUCCUCCAUCAUUUGCAUAAAGCAAAUAUGUCUUGUAUAAUUCAUAAACAUUUUUUCUUGUUUAUUACAGAAUUUUAAACAUUUUAAAUACAACAGAUUAUCAUAUUACUUAUUUUAUAUAUUUUAAAACAAUAAUACUAAAUGUUAAAUAAAAGCAAAAAGCUUAGUAGAGUACUGGCCAAGUUUGUCUGUUUUCCAGAAAACUGGAUGGCUCUCCCUCAUCAACCAUAUUGCCUUAAUAAGAAAUCACUGGGUCAGAAACUACAAAAAAACAAACAAUAGAACACAUAAUAAUCACCAAUGUUUUAGGUCUAAUAAUGAAUACCUUUGUCUUGUCAGAAUUUAAUAUAAAAACUGCUAGCUAUCCCAUCUUAGAUAUAUUUAGCUCUUUCCCCACCAAAGAUUUUUUUUUUUUUUUUUUUAAGUUGACACCCACUGCCAGCAUUUUUGAUCAUUUUCACACAAUUUUCAUGGCCCUCAGAAUAUUUUGUUGUAUGAAUAUCUGAACAUGCAAUAAAUCAAAUGAAAGAACAGAGCCUCUGCUUUAAAAAAUGUGGGUAAAUUUCAUUAAAUGAAAGCAACAUUUCAAGCAAAAAGCUGAGAAAAAUGUGUUUUUGUCAAAAGACAAUGUCCAGAUCGGCUUCAGAAUGAUGAUCAAAACAUGGAGUAGAUCGAGUCCAUCAGCACCCACAAAGCUUGCACAGUCCUAUAGCUUGUCCUGGGUUGACAUUUCAUUUUGUAACAUUAGGCAGUUUUGAUUCAUAUGCUGUUUAAUGUUGAUGAUCAUGUUAUUUUACAUAUGCAUCUUCUUACAUAUGCUAUUGCUUGUUUCUGCUUCUGCUUCACAUGUGUUUUGAUUAGGAGAUUCAGCAAUCUUUCAGAAGAUGCAUGAUACCUACUAUACAACAGUGAAAACACGGAAAGAUAAAAAUUUCUGUCAAUGGUGGAAAAAUAAGUAAUAUAAAAUUUGGAUAGUUCUGCAGUUUCUUCAGUAUGUAAGGAAAUAUAUCAUUGGCAGAGAAAGAGAAGACCUAAUAAAACCUAAAAAGCAAAGGACCUAGUACUGAGCCCUGUGGCACUCCAUACUUGUUUAAUGAGUUGUGUCUUCAUUCUUCAGUAUUGUUUGAAAAUUACUGACAGCCACAGACCUGAAGGCGCUGAAAGAAGAGAGUCAAGAACUGAAUGAAAUGGAAAAAAACAACCAGAAUAAGGAAAGUUGCCAGCAGACUGAAAUGACUUUAUCACAAGAAAGAGCUAAAAAACCUAAAGGUCAUUUCACAUGCCAACAGUGCGGAAAGACUUUCAGUCAGAGUAGAAACCUUAAAGUCCACAUGAGAGUUCACACUGGAGAAAAGCCAUUCACUUGCCAACUGUGUGGAAAAAGUUUCACUCAAAAAGGAAGUCUUAAAGCCCACAUGAGAGUUCACACUGGAGAGAAGCCAUUCAUCUGCCAACAAUGUGGAAAAAGGUUCAAUCGAAAAGCAAACCUGACAAUCCACUUGAGAGUUCACACUGGAGAGAGUCCAUUUACCUGCAAACAGUGUGGAAGAAGUUUCACUCAAAAAGGAAGCCUUAAAUCCCACAUGAGAGUUCACACUGGAGAGAAGCCAUUCAUCUGCCAACAAUGUGGAAAAAGGUUCAAUCGAAAAGCAAACCUGACAAUCCACUUGAGAGUUCACACUGGAGAGAGUCCAUUUACCUGCAAACAGUGUGGAAAAUGUUUCACUCAAAAAGGAAACCUUGACGUCCACAUGAGGAUUCACACUGGAGAGAAGCCAUUCGUAUGUGGUCAGUGUGGAAAGAGUUUCAGAUUUACUGUAACUCUUAAUCACCACAUGAGGAUUCACUCAAGAGAGAACUGCUUUAUAUGUCAUCAGUGUGGAAAGACAUGCAAAAACAAAGCCAACCUUGAGGGUCACAUGAGAGUUCACACUGGAGAGAAGCCUUUCACCUGCCCUCAGUGUGGGAAAAGUUUCACACGAAAAGCAAAGCUUGAAGUCCACAUGAGAAUUCACACUGGAGAAAACCCUUUUACCUGCCAACAGUGUGGAAAGAGUUUCACUCAAAAAGGAAACUUUAAUGUCCACAUGAGAAUUCACACCGGAGAGACCCCAUUCACCUGCAAUCUGUGUGGAAAGAGUUUCUCACGAAAAGACCACCUUGGGAUUCACAUGAGAGUUCACACUGGAGAGAAGCCUUUCACCUGCCCUCAGUGUGGGAAGAGUUUCAAAAACAAAGCAAGCCUUGAGAUUCACAUGAGAGUUCAUACUGGAGAGAAGCCUUUCACCUGCCCUCAGUGUGGAAAGAGUUUCGCACGCAAAGGAAACCUUGAUGUUCACAUUCGGCUUCACACCGGAGAGAAGCCUUACAAGUGUGUUCAGUGUGAAAAGAGUUUCACAUAUCAUAGAGACCUGAAAUGUCAUUCACAAACUCAUUCUGGAAAGAAAUUACAAGGUUUUGAGUGUGGUAAGAAGCUUACGAUUAAGAGCAAUUUCAAAUCCAUGAAAAUUCAUACAAAUGUGAGACCAUAUUCUUGUUCUAUUUGUAGAAAGAGUUUUAAAUGGCCCAGCAGUUUAAAAUGGCACCAGAAAAUCUGUGUGAAUUCAAAUGUACGUUCACACUGCAGGUGAAUGUGGCCAAAAUAUGAUUUUGAAUUAUGAUUUUUAGGCUUAUCUUUUUAAUGUCAAAUACUCAUGACAUUCCUACACAGGUGACAUUCCUACAAGACUCCAUGUUUGUCACAAAUGAUUUGUCCAUGUUCAAUUAUUUUAGUUGCAUCCUGCACUUUUUUUUUUUGUUGUCAUGUACAUAUGAAUGUGUGUGGUCAUACUCCAGUAUGGUCUAAUUCAGACAGGGGUGACAUGGAGUUUCCUUUGUCUUUUUUGUCAACAUACUGUAUAUCAAACAUACUAUAUUUGAGAGUAAGUCUAAUUAUUUUGUAGUUAAAAAAUAAAUAAAUAAAAGAUUGCAAAAAAGUCUUCUUAAGGCUCAAAAAUAAAGAAGUUGACGACAAAAUUA